UUGACACCCAAUUUAGCAAUCAAAACUCUAACCAAAGUCAUAAUAUAUAUAGUAUUAUUUAUAAUAGCUAUUAAUAAUAAAUAUAGCACUUCCCUAAUUAAUUUCCAGCUGUUCUUCUUCAUCACUCCAUUAUUCUCUCAAUUUUUCAGCCCAGUUUUUUUUUUUUUUAAACUAAUAUACUCAUACACAAAUUCCCACAAGCUCAUUUUUUAAAUUCAAUUUUCUUGAAAUUUGCUCCUUAUAUUUUUUUUUUCCAGUUUUUUUGGAAGUGGGGUUGUUCUGUUCUUGAUUGAAUUUCAAUUUAAAAUCGAUUUUAGUUAUCAAUUUAUUAGUAGCUAUAAUUAUAGCAGUUUCUUAUUUAGUGCAUAAGUAAUUUUCAUUCAAUUAUUUUUUAAGUAAUAUUUUCACACACAAAUUCCCACAAGCUUAUUUUUUACAUUCAAUUUUCUUGGAAUUUGAUCCACUUAUUUUUUUCCAGUUUUAUUGGAAGUGGGGUUGUUUUGUUCUUGCUUGAAUUUCAAGUAAUAAUGAUUUUAGUUAUCAUUUUGGAAUAAAAGUAUUUGAUGGCUGUUAUAUUGAUUAUUAUAUUAAUUUUGUUGAGUAUACAUAAUUAAUUACAAGGAGGAGAAGAUUAUCUUCAAUAAAGUGCCUGGUUUAAUCAAAUAAAGAGUUGUUGAAACAGAUGGAAGGAAAGCAGCAAACACCAAGUGUUAUAGCAAGACUAAUGGGCCUUGACGAGCUUCCACCUCAGCUGCCCCUCUCAGUUAAGAAAAGGAAAGUACUCUCAGAGAACUAUCUCCAGAAAACGGCUUCUAUAGGUUUGCGAGAAAAGAGUUCAUUUCAGAAGCAUCUAGUAGUUAAAGAUGUACCUGGAGUUGAGAUGCUAGAUAAUUAUAGCCAUGAAAAGAUGAGCCAAAAUGCAGCCAAGUCGAAGAUGCAGAAAUAUACUGAUUCAAGUUUUACUUCAAUAAAGGAGAAGCAUUCUUAUUUUAAGGGCUCCGAUGGUACCAAGCAGUUCCGUGAUCUACAGACUUCUAAACCCUAUUGCCACUCGGUUCACUCAGCCGUCGCUAAGCCAAUAGGCAAGAUAUCUGCUAGGAUUACCGCUGAAGAAAAUACUUCGAGAUCUCUUCAGACACUUGAGAUUGGUACAACUAAAGAUGACGUUGGACAAUGUUCAACUCAUCUCUUGAAGAAAAUAAACUUUCAGUUUGAUCCAUGCGCUUACAUGCCUCAUCCGUCUACAAGAACUAUUGUGGUCAAACCUAGUUCUGGAAAGUAUCAUAACACGAGAAAUCAGUCGUUUUCAAAGAGGUCAUCUUUUUCCAAAGAAUCCAAGAAGCAAAUCAUUGAGAGAUCGAAACUGAUGAAUGAUCUUCAAGAAGUUGAAAUAGCUCGUAGAAGCCAAAGUAUUGGAGAAAUGCUUGCUACGGAUGACUUAGAAACAAGGCCUCAAUUUUUGGACUCCGAGCGUGACAAACAUAGUUUUUGCAGUUCAUUCAGUGUGAACACUGAGAUCUCAGGCUCGUGCAAUUCGCCAAUUCCAAACCAUUCUGCUGGUUCUAGGAUAGCCUCUGGAAGUCCUGAAGGUGCGAUCGGCCAUAAAGCUUCUCUAACUGGCUGGUAUCUGAGGCAAAAACUAGCUGUUACUGAGAAACAUUCCAAGUCUAUGAACCAAAAGCUGAAAGAUAAUAUGGAAUAUAGAGACUUGAAUUCGAAGGAAACCGAUCAGCAUAGUCCAAAUUCAGUUCUGGAGCCACGUUUCCAGGAAGAGAAAUCAUGUACCUCUGAAUUGCGCGACUUAUGUAGUGUAGCAGUGCAACUUCAUUUUCUCGAGACCAACUCUGAGGAAACAUAUUCAGAAGGAUCUGAAAUGGGUGUCUCAAGUGAUGGAGACUCCGAGAGAGGGUCCCACGAUGUCCUUGAAGAUAGUGAAAACAUAUUGAAAGACUUCAAAACUGCAGAAGGCAGGGAUUUCUCCUACCUGGUUGAUGUUUUAGAUGAGGCCGGUUUGCAUGGCAUGAACCUCGGAGUGUAUUUCGAGACAUGGAAUUCUUCGGAAUAUCCUUUGAGUCCCUUGGUAUUCGACUUGUUAGAGAAGAAAUACGGGAAGCAGACAUUUUGGCUAAAAUCAGAGAGGAAACUUCUGUUUGACCACAUAAAUGCAGUGCUAAGUGAGAUUUCACAUUCAUUUCUGGAUAUCUACGUAACGGAGAAAUCCUUAAAGAGAAGGUGCUGUUCUACAAUGAGGAGAAUUGAUGUUGAAGAAGAGUUGUGGAGGAUGCUCGUUAGUCAGGAAAAUGAAGUGCACAAAGACUUGUCUGGAAAGGCAAUUGGAAAUGAAACCAAAUGGUUGCAGGCCGAUGAGGAAAUUGGUAGCAUAUGCAGAGAAAUUGAGGAAUAUUUGUUCGAUGAGCUAGCUGCAGAAUUAGCUUUGCAUUGAGAAAGUAUAAAAUGGGAUUUUUGGCCCCAUAAGUUUUCCUACUACUUCCCUCCUCAAGUUACUGGGAAUAGAUUUAUUUUUUUUCAACAGCAGUUUUGAUCUGAAAGUAUAGAAUGUUAUGUAGAAAAUCUGUAAGAUGUGGCACUAUUUAUUCUUAUAUUUGUUCAAACACAGUGUGCAAUCUUGUAGGAUUAUUUUUUUCUGUAGAAGGAUUUGGUGUAAACGACUAAAUAUUAAUACUAUUGGUAUAUUUUGAAGGA